AUUUAGUAGCAGUGUUCUGUGGUUUUGGCUGCUUGUGCGUUUCGGGGAAGUGAGGAGCCUUUAAUUCAACAAAAAAAAUGGCCUGGCCCAGCUGAAGUUCCGCAUUGCGAAGAUUUUUGUAUUUUUAUUAAUUUUAAACAAUUCGAAAUUGCAAAUAUGAAUGGUGAAGGUGACGACGAGAGCUGGUUGUCGGGUUGGGAACAACAGUGUGCGGAUGCCAUAGAGGGCCAGCCUGAUCACGAUCGCUCCUUGUUAGAGGAAAGUGAUAAUUCGCAAAGACGUAUUUGGACCUGUUUCCAAGAUUCUGCGACGGCUGUAGCACAACUGUAUCGCGAUCGUUAUUCAGGAGAACCAGCUGCCAUAUGGUUGCAGUUUCAAACAGCUGCAGGGACAGUCACAUCAUUGUAUAGGGAUUCAUGCGAGAGUUUAAAAAAAACAAAUGAGCUAGCGAGACAGAGCGGCUACCAGAAACGUAACAAUGAACUGCUGCACUGGGCAAAAAGGAAACGAAGAUUAAUUAGAAGAGAGGAUUUGCUAGCAUAUUUAGCUGGUAAACCACCACCUCCAAGACAAAGUCACCACCACAGGUUGUCCCCAAGACCCCGUAACUUAUCACCUCCUCCCCACCACCAUCCCCUGGACAUUAACCGUGAACCGGGAACUCCUCACUUACCCGAUCCUAAUUUGCACAUGUUUCGGGAAGCUUUGGCUCUUACAACCACCCGUCAGAUAGCUCGUGGAGCCUCUACUCCAACAACGGGUUCUGAUUUGUGUGCCUUCAUUGCUGGCGAGAUGGCCAGGCACUGUGUCAAAAGACCAGCUUCUCCUCAUGAUGUGCCAAUGGGGAGUCCAACGCACCAGAAGCGGGCUCGAUAUAUGUGAAUUUUUCUAGCAUGGGUAUCUACACAUGGAGUGAAAAAAUCUUCUUUCAAAACCAUCGGAUGUUUUGGUAUUAAUAAAUUUAUUGAAAAAUAAGUUUUGCAUGGGAAAUAUUAUUUUUUUUAAGGAGAUAUCUGUUUUUGGGCUUCUUUUACUUUUACACUUUUCCAUUGGCUCUAGUGCCUUAAAAAAGCCUUUUAUAUACAUACUAAUGAAAAUAAAGCAACAUACAGGAUUUAAUUAUUCUUUAAUUAUGGCUGUAUUGAAGUUGUUUUUCAAGCACAUUUUGUUUUAUAGAAUUUAUCUUGCACCAGUAUUUCUCAGGACUUUCGUAGAGUUUGUCAUUCAAAAAUAUAUAUUUUUUUAAUCUGUUCCUUUUGAGACUUUAACAUUUUGGAACCUAGGUUUGAUAUUUGGCUUACUGUACCAGAAUGUUACUGGUUUUAAAUUAAUAUUAAAAUUAAUAUUACUGAUAUGCUCCUAUGUGUAGAAAUUUUAGUUAAUCAGCUUUAAUUGAUAUGUCUAUUUACUUCUAUCACCUACAUUAGAGGCCUUUGCUAGGUUUUAUUUUACCUUGAACUUUGUUGUUAUGAAAUUGUUUGUUGAUGAAUAGGUAUCUCCCAAAGGAAAGGUAAUAUAAGGAUGACAAACGUCGCUAUCAGACUUAACUUUUUCAACACUGAAUUGUAGAUGUUGAAGUUUUAUAGUCAUUGGGAACAAAUCACUAUGUGAUUUGUUUAGAAGUUGAGAAAGUUUUGUCAGGCGGUUAGAUUUGUGACUACAAGUAAAACAAGUAGUGCUUCUAUUUUUUUUAUACCUGGAAUAUAACCAAUAUUGAAGUCUUCCCGACAAAGUUCAUAGUUGAGACAACUUAGCAGUUCCAUAAAAUUUUUGUUGCUAGGUUCAGUAUGAAUCUCUUGACUAGUGUCACAAAUCAGAAUCGUGCGGCGCAUUCACUAAUAGAUUAUUUUUGUACAUUCAGUAAGUUUAAACCAGCCUGUAAAUAACUGUUUUUGUAUUAUAAAUCCUUAAUUGUUGAAGUUAUUUCUUUUGGAAAAAAUGCAACGGGAACGUUUUUCUGCUUCGUUUCAGGUUUAACAACUUAUUUAUUUGGUCCAGUUAGUUUCUGUUGCUAAUUUGUAAUAUCUUGUUCGGGUAGUUCAAUUUUGUACAAUAAGUUGUAUGUCUUUUGGCAGUAAAUAAAUAGUACAUUCUAGUCGUGCAUUUUUUUCU